AUUGCCAAUGUGAUAGAACUUCAGGAUGGCAAUUUAUUGCUGCUAUGAUAUUGGUGCAGGAUGAGGAUAGGGUGUCUGCAAAAUGGUGGAGGGGUCAUACUGUGAAAGUGCAUGGUGCUCCUUCUCCCUCAUAAAUUCGUGGUGGACCAAAAAUUUAGCAGGCCGGUUUCAGCAAAGCAAUUGAUACCAUGGAUUGUUUCUGUCCAUGUAAAUGAAGCAUGAGACUGGAGAGCGUGAGAAGACCAGAGCUGUCUUGUGUCUUGUAUGGUGGGCCGACAUAAGGACGAAGUUUGGUGCAAUUUGAAUCCGAUGGAGCUUUCUUGAGGACCACAUCACCUACAAUAGACAAUUUUUUAUGCAGACAUUUGCCGGAAUUAAGUUGCAUCGGAAAGUUCCUCCAACGUUUAUUGACGUGCAAAUAUGUAUUGGAGAAAAAUGGAAGUGCCAGGACUAGGAGGAGGUUGAAGCGUGUUUCCCACACUAAUUGCCAGCGAGUAGGUGUGUUAAAUACCAUGAUUGCUCUUUCCACUUAAUUGUGAAGAGAAAGACGAGUACAGAACCAGUCGGUUUUCUUUCAGUGAAAUGGAAAGUGGCCUUCCCAUGCUUAACUGUCUGUUACAACACACUUUAAGGAGUCUAUGUUUGUCAUCAGAAUCUUGUAGCUCUACCUCUUCCAAGUGGGUUUACGCCAUUUUCUGGAGGAUCCUCCCUAGAAACUUUCCUCCACCCAAGUGGGAGUUCGGUGGGAGUGCUCUUGAUCGCUCUAAAGGAAACAAGAGGAACUGGAUUCUUGUUUGGGAAGAUGGAUUUUGUGAUUUCCAUGAAUGUGAAAAAGCAGCAAGUGGAUGUAUUGCAGGGAGGUUUGGACUUGAUCUCUUCUUCAAAAUGUCUCAUGAGGUUUACAGUUAUGGAGAAGGGUUAGUGGGAAAAGUUGGAGCAGAUAAUAGUCAUAAAUGGGUUUUCAGAGAUAACGCAACUGAAAGUGAUCCGAACCUCAUCUCCUCGUGGAACUCAUCCAUUGAGCCUCAACCUCGAGCAUGGGAAUCUCAAUUUAAAUCAGGCAUUCAGACAAUUGCGGUCUUUGCUGUACGAGAAGGCGUAGUUCAAUUGGGCUCUUUUGAUAAGGUCCAGGAAGAUCUCAAUUUAGUGAUUAAUGUACAGAGGAAAUUCAGCUACCUGCAUAGCAUGCCAGGUAUUUUUGCGGUUCAAAGGCCCUACCUUCCUAGCCAACAUCCAUACGUUUUAAAGCCAGAUGUCCAGAUGAUCGAAAACCAAUCAACUGGGUUGAAGCGAUUGUUCAGCUCCAUGCUUGAUGAAUCUUCUAUCAAAUCCAUCAACUUAGGCUGGAACACCCCACAACAUCCCUCGGCUUCUGGAUCGCCAGUGUGGCCAAUCCCACCUCUUCUUCCUUCCACUUCAUGCAGUCUUAGAACUUUUAAAUCAAAGUUGCCUUCUAAUAGUACCCCACGUUGUGAAGCCAAUGAAUGUUUCAAUUCAGUUCAACUCAUGUCCAUUAACCACCCAAACCCGAAUACAAUGAAGGCUACCAACUCAGAAGUGAAGAUAGAAACCUCCAGCCAGUUAGAUGCAGCCCAAGAAACAGAAGAGAAACCAAGUUGGAAAAACCCUGGUCGUCUGGGGUUUGAGGAUGGGAUGGUGACAGAAUUGGGAUUCAGACUUGGAGAGACAAGUCAAAAUGGUCUAAGCCUCAAUUAAUCAAGGAAAAGUAUCCUUGCAACACAUUAUUGUCACAGAAAGGAUGAAUUUGGUACUUGCAUGGAUUUGGAUGGUUGGUUAGGAGGCACCGAAAUUGUAUAAUCACUUUUUUGAGUUAUCUGUUAACAAAAAUAUCUAGCCACUUAAGUAGCUUAAUUAGAAAACAAAGAUGCCUUCAUCUUUGAUAUCUGUCUUUGAUGUUAUUAUUAGCAUGGUCAGUGGUGGGAAAUGAAAUGCCUUUCAGCCGUAGUACUUGAAAUUGAAAGCAGAACGGAUUAGUUUGUGGCAUUGGCUGCUGUGCAUUAUCUGCACUGUUAAGUGUUGUUAUUUGAGGAUCAAAGGGUGAAUGUACGUGAUAGUGAUGAUAAAGGGAUCCAUCCAUUCAUUGGGGGCAGAGUGGGGUUCCACUCCGAUGGCCUAUCCCAAUCCUUCUGCAGGUAGUAGUAGUAGUGCACCAUAGGCAAUGGUCCCCUGGAAACAAAUUGGAAGAGAGAGGCAUGACAAGAGAGUGUUAGAAUUUGGGUCAAGUUGUCUUUCCCAUAUGAAUACCCAUCACCCGACACAAUGGAUGGUCCCAGCCAUUUAGCUUUUUAGUUUCUUUCUAUUCUUCUUUUUCAUCUUUAUGGAGCUAUGAUAUGAAUACGAGUUGCUGCUUGUGGGGUCGCUUCCUAUUUAAUUAAAAGCUGAUGAUAUGUACCAUUGUCUUGGCUAAAGAUCUUUGGAAAUAGAUUUUGUUUCUCUUAA